AUGACUCCGCUGUCAACGGUGCAUCGUCAGAAGCCGGAAGAAGAACAGUUGUUGUCUGAGUCGUCGGAGAAACAAGCCGCGUCUGUGGGAGUUCAACCUCCGCAUUCCCAAUUCGGUAACAAGCAAUUCUGCCGCCUCGUCAAUGUCCCGUACAAGGACAUAAAGCUCGAACAUGACUGUGGGGACACCAUAGUGGUGAAGAGAAUCUUCGAACCAGACGACGCAGGCGACUUGGUGGUCAAAUCACACUUGACAAGGCUCAUAUCUUUUGUCCGUGUCGGACUCGCUAUGAGACAUGGCGCUCAUGAACCCCACAACGGCGUGGUGCAGGUACUGAUUUAA